AUGUUGUCCAACAGACUUAUAUUAUUAUCACUCUCCAUGAUCAUUAUUGGAUUAAUCUCCAAUACUUAUGCACUUGAGGAUACAAUCAUUGACAAUGACUUUGAUGAAUGGGAUGUCAAUGUGUGUGUUCGUUUGCCUGGUGGCUGCCGUCCACGUCUGGUUACAUGUACCAAGGGUUGUGAUGAUGGUAACCUGUGUACGGUGGACACCUGUGUGAAUGGUGCUUGUGUCCAUGCUCCCAUCACCUGUAACGACAACAACCCCUGUACCGUGGACUCUUGUGGACCGACUGGAUGCAUCUACACUCCCGUGUCAUGUAAUGACAACAAUGCCUGUACCGUGGACUCGUGUGGACCUGCAGGUGGAUGCAUCAACAUGCCCCUGUCAUGUGGCGACUCCAACGCCUGUACCGUGGACUCGUGUGACAACAGCACGGGAUGUGUCCACGUGCCCAUCCAGUGUGAUGACGCCAACCCUUGCACGACCGACUCGUGUGGCUCCAAUGGCUGUGAGCAUGUGGCUGUAUCCUGUGAUGAUGGCAAUGCCUGCACGCUGGACUCGUGUGAUGACAGUACCGGAUGUGUCCACAAGCCUGUAUCCUGUGACGAUGGCAACAGCUGUACGAACGACGCCUGCCACACCACACUGGGUUGCCAACACAUCAACAUAGCCUGUGACGACUCCAACGCAUGUACCUCGGACACUUGUGAUGUAGUCAAUGGUUGCCAACACCAUCCUCUGUCGUGCGAUGACAACAACGCCUGUACCUAUGACUCGUGUGACAACUCGACGGGCUGCUCCAACACGCCAAUCUCGUGCGAUGACAAUGACCCUUGUACUGAGGAGUUCUGUGACCCUGCGACCGGCUGCCAGAGCUCGCCAACACCAUGUGAUGACGCCAACGCCUGCACAACAGACAGCUGUGACCAGACCAAGGGCUGCCAGCACGUGGCCAUCGCAUGUGAUGACUCCAACGCCUGUACCUUUGACAGCUGUGACAACAGCACUGGUUGUCUACAUACUGCUCUGGCCUGUGAUGAUACCAACGCAUGCACUGUGGACAGCUGCCACCAGGUCCAUGGAUGUCUACACGUGCCCUUGUCUUGCGACGACACCAACUCAUGUACUGAGGAUAGUUGCGACCAGAACACGGGCUGCCAGAACAAGGAGAUAGCCUGUGACGAUUCCAAUGCUUGUACCUUCGACAGCUGUGACCAGGCCACGGGCUGCCACCACACACCAGUGAUCUGUGAUGACCAGAACGCCUGUACGGUUGAGAGCUGUGACAAUGCUACGGGCUGUGUCUACUCGCCAGUGAGCUGUGAUGACGCAGAUCCAUGUACACUUGACUCGUGUGACCGCGCCACUGGAUGCCAACACUCCCCAAUGUCCUGUGACGAUGGCAACGCAUGCACUCUCGACUCUUGUCAGUAUGUUGGCUGCCAACACGUGCCAGUGGGUUGCCCUGACUCUGACGCCUGCCAUGUUGGCUACUGUGACAACUCGACUGGCUGUGAACAAGCGCCCGUGUCCUGUGACGAUGGUGACCAGUGCACAACAGACAGCUGUGACCCUGUCAACGGCUGCCAGACCACGCCAGUGUCAUGUGAUGACAACAACGCCUGUACGACCGAUGCCUGCAGCAGUACACAGGGCUGCACUCACCGACCAGUGGCCUGUGACGACCACAACGCGUGCACAGUGGAGAGAUGUGACCCUGUCCGUGGAUGCCAGAGCUCUCCGGUCAACUGUGACGAUGGAGACCAAUGUACGGUGGACAGUUGCGAUCGCUCGAGUGGCUGUGUGCAUACGCCGGUUAGCUGCAACGGAAACGGCCAUUCAAAGUGCGUGUCGAAUGAGUGUGACCGCGUGCGUGGCUGUCUGAACAGGACCAUCAGCUGUGACGAUGGUAACGCGUGCACUACCGACAGCUGUGAUCCGGCCCAAGGUUGCCAGCACCAAUCAAUCAACUGUGACGAUGGAGACAAGUGUACUAUCGACAGUUGUGAUCGCGUCAAAGGAUGUCUUCACGUCAACGAUCCCAGUUGCAACAAGGUCACUGUUACCCGACCACCAGUCACCUUACCUCCAGUCAUCGUGACCGUUCCGCCAGUCAUCGUGACCACUCCACCAGUUGUUGUCACAACACCAACAUGUUCAUGUGAUGAAUGUUGUGGCGAUCAAUGUUGUUGGGAUGUUGUAGUAUUGGUUGAUUGA